GCAGCAGCAGCAGCUCAGUGAGAAUCAAGCACAGGCCCGCUGCACAGCGCGGUGACCACUGGCUGUGUCCAUGACUCUCAAACUAUCGGAAGUGGAGCAUAAAACCUCAGUGCCUCAUGGAUUCCUAAAGCAGCAGUUGGAUACUUUUUAAAAUUCUGCUCUGAAGUUUUUACUUAUACUUUAAUAAGGAUACAGUCCUUGCUUUUUGUUGGAUGAUGAAGCAGACGGUCUCAGUCAUUCUACUGCUGGGCAUUAUUCUGGAAAUCACUGGUUCAGCUGCCUCCCCGCUGCGGUUCAUUCCUGAUCCACCGACGCUUAACAUCGACGGGACCCAUCGGAUGAACAAAUCUGACAACCUGGAUCUGACAUGCAGAGGUCGGCAGCUCCUGCUGUGGUCCACCCCUCCCACCAGCUCUCGCCUCACCACCAGUGACUGCAGUGGAUCGGGACUUUUCUGCACGACCCUGACCAUCACAAAUGCAACCGUGAACGAAACGGGACAGUAUCAGUGUUAUUAUAAAGACCUGAAGGUUGAAGACGGCAAGACCGCAGCAGGAGUUUAUGUCUUUGUCCAUGAUUCCAAGGUGCCAUUUGUGCCCUCUGAAAAGGAGUAUGAGGUAGUGUUUAUCCGUGAAGGAGAGUGGGUGGUGAUACCCUGCCGAGGCUCGGUGGAGAAUCUCAACGUUACUCUCAACACUAACUAUCCAAUCAAGGAGAUCCAACCUGAUGGAGACUCUGUUUGGGAUCCCAAGAGGGGCUUCAUUCUACCCACCCACCUUAUAAGCUACGCUGGAGUUGUGUCCUGCCAGACCCGCAUUGGAAACGAGACGUUCAAGUCCCCUCUCUAUAUUGUGGCUGUUGUUGGAUACAAGAUUUAUGACCUCACCCUGACCCCCGUUUACCAGAGGCUGUCUGUGGGGGAGAGGCUGGUGCUGAGCUGCACCGCCCGCACGGAGCUCAACGUGGGCAUCGAGUUCAACUGGACGCACUCCGGAGGGCCCCUGAACUUAGACGGCGGUUCCCACACAGUAUCCCACAAGAAGAAGCUGUGGGACUCUCUGGAGCUGUCUAAUACUCUGAUAGUGGAGAACGUGACGGUGGAUCACUCUGGAGAUUUCACCUGCACCGCUUCCAGUGGGCAGAUGGAGAAAAGCGCGUCAGCAUAUCUUACAGUUUUUGAAAUGCCUUUCAUUGAUGUGACCGAACCAUGGCCAGAGGUGUGGGAGGUGAACGUGGGCGAUCAACGACCCACCGAGAUCCCUGUCAAGUACUCAGCCUACCCUGAGCCCAACUUGAAAUGGUUAAGAGACGGCCAAGCUCUAGCCAAGGAUAACUACAGAAUAAAGCACAAAGGGGAUUUUCUCAUAAUCCGUGGGGCGACUGAGGAUGAUGCGGGGAUCUACACCGUGGUCCUGACCAACAAGAUCACUAAAGACGAACAGAGACGCUCCUUUAAGCUGCAAGUAAAUGUACCCCCUAAGAUAAUCGAGAAGGGGAGUGGCUACAGUGACGUGUACGAGUACGGCAAAAGCACGACCUUGUGGUGCACCGCACGUGGAAUUCCAACACCUGAGUACGUCCAGUGGCAGUGGAUGUCCAAGGAAGACUGUCCAGGGGCCUUCUUGCCAUUGGUGAACAACACUGACGAGCAGCUGAAGUACUGCAUAGCUUGGAAAAACAUCUCCCUCAGCGGUGUUCGCAACCAAGUGGAAAUCAUCGAUAGCAUUGAUCGAGCUCAAAAUAAGUUUAUAAGUGCAUUGAAGAUUCAAAAAGCCGAGACACACGCCCUCUACAGAUGCAAAACUGCCAACAAAGUAGGGAAGGAUGAACGAAACAUCUUUUUCCGUGUAACACGUGAUCUCGAUGUGAGCAUGUCUCCCUCUGACAAGCCAAUGGAGCAGGAAGACGUGGUCCUGCGGUGUAAAGCGGACCACCUGCUGUACGACAAACUGGCCUGGUUCCGUGUCACCAACGUGUCUCAGUCAGGGCUGGCUGAGUCCACCCUGCCGUGUCGCUCGCUCACCCUGCGGCCUCUGCCGCAGGCUGUGCUGUCCAAUCUGCAGGGCAACAUCACGCUGGAGCUGAAGCUGCCCAACGCGUCCCGUCAGGAUGAGGGUCUGUAUGCCUGCCAGGUGAAGAACAUCAAGACGGCGAAGAGUACCUGCAUCCUGCGCCGCCUGUCUCUCAGAGAUCUUGAGGCUGCGAGAAUACGUAACAACUUCACCGACCAAAAGGUCAAUGUGAGCGCGACCAUCACUCUUCACUGUGACGCUGUGGGCACGCCAACCCCAACAGUAGAGUGGACCAAAAACAACCAGACAGUGGAGAAGGGCUCAGGGGUGAUCCUGAACCGGAACAACCUGACCAUUCAGCGCGUGAAGAAGGAAGACAGCGGUCUGUACACGUGCAGGGCAUGCAACAGCCGUGGCUGUGACACCUCGCAGGCUUAUUUGAGUGUUGAAGGUGCAGAGGAGAAGACUAACGUGGAGCUGAUUGUUCCCAUUGGCUCGGUGGUCAUAGCCAUGUUUUUCUGGCUUUUGAUCGUCUUUGUCAUCCGUGGACGAAAGAGACCAGCUGGUGGGGACCUGAAGACCGGCUACCUGUCCAUGAUUCUGGACUCGGAGGACAUGCCCAUGGACGAGCAGUGUGAGCGGCUCACAUAUGACGCUAACAAAUGGGAGUUUCCUCGGGACAGGCUGAAACUUGGUGACCCGCUGGGACGAGGGGCCUUUGGUCAGGUUGUAGAAGCAGCUGCCUUUGGCAUUGAGAAAGCUACGACAUGCACCACGGUUGCAGUCAAGAUGCUGAAGGAGGGAGCUACGUCCAGUGAGUAUCGUGCCUUGAUGUCAGAGCUAAAAAUUCUCAUCCACAUUGGGCAUCAUCUCAAUGUCGUCAACCUGCUGGGAGCCUGCACCAAGCCUGGGGGGCCGCUGAUGGUGAUCGUUGAGUACUGUAAACACGGAAAUCUGUCCAGCUACCUGAAGAGCAAGCGUGGAGAGUACAGCCCCUACAAGAGAAAGCAAGUCGGCAGCCGGAGGUGGGCACCAGCUGACGAAGACGUGACAGAAGGGGAUCUGGGUUUGGGAAAAGUCGCUCAGCUGGACAUCUGCACGGGAACGGCUGAGGACAAAGCUUCAAGCACCGGCGGCUACCCUACCGAAGAAAGCUCGGUUGAUGACCAUCUGACCAUGGAGGACCUGAUUAGCUACAGCUUCCAAGUUGCCAAGGGAAUGGAGUUCCUGUCUUCUCGAAAGUGCAUUCACAGGGAUCUAGCAGCCAGAAACAUUCUGCUCUCAGAGAAUAACGUGGUGAAAAUAUGCGACUUUGGUCUUGCUAGAGAUGUAUAUAAAGACCCGGACUAUGUUCGCAAGGGAGAUGCCCGUCUCCCUCUGAAGUGGAUGGCUCCUGAGACCAUUUUUGACCGGGUUUACACAACUCAAAGUGAUGUUUGGUCCUUUGGAGUGCUCCUCUGGGAGAUCUUUUCCUUGGGGGCGUCUCCCUACCCGGGUGUUUGCAUCGACGAGUCUUUCUGCAGGAGGCUGAAAGAAGGCACAAGGAUGAGACCUCCAGAAUACGCCACCUCCGAAAUAUACCAGACCAUGUUGGACUGCUGGAUGGAUCGGCCUACAGACAGGCCCACGUUCGCAGAACUGGUUGAACAUCUGGGAAAUCUUCUACAAGCCAGUGCACAACAGGAUGGGAAGGAUUAUAUCCCCCUGACGGCGGGUGAAGCAGAAGGAUGUUUACUUUCCGCCGCGCCGAAGGGCCCCUACAGCUGCUCUCAAAGUGGGGAAACCCUGGAAGCGCAGUACGACAUCCCAUCAUCCCUUGGGCUGUCCCAGCAGAGCAAGAGAUGCAGCCGGUCUCUCAGUGUGAAGACCUUUGAAGAUAUUCCUCUGGCGCACAGCAGCGUGAUGGAGGGUCACACAGACAGCGGGAUGGGCUUUUCUCCAGAGGAAGUGAAGCACUUAAAUCAACAGCUACCAGCUACACCCAAUUUCAGCCAGCUGCUGCGCUGCAAAAGCAAAGAGUCCGUGGCCUCCGAGUCGUCCAAUCAGACGAGCGGAUAUCAGUCGGGGUACCACUCUGACGACACGGACACUCCGAUCUACGCCAACGAGGAGGUCAUCAUGAAGCACAACAUGCUGAAGAAGUCUCCACCGCCCAAGAUGGCGGACAAGUUCAGCACCGAGAUCCGCUACAGCACGCCACCCGUCUGACCCCAAGUGUCGCUCGUCUGUUAGACCUCGAGUUCCCUCGCUGUACAGUACAUGUUUUUCCUUUUCACA